ACUCGACGCCCUCUCCUUGUUGGGAAAGAGUCAGGCGGCUCUUGACUCUUGACGCAAGAAGUCGUCUCCGCGCUUCUUCCGAGCAUAAACUCGAUUAAGCUUUGCCCUUCUGCUGCUCAAUUCUCUGACUCCCACCAGCUCCACAAGACCCUUGAUCCAUAUUCUUCAACAGGUUCGUCUUUAUAUCGACCUCGAAUCACGCCAAUUGAUCGGCGGGGCUGCAAAGAUCCCUUAUUCCUUGCUCCAGAAGGAGAAUGGGGACGAAAUUCUUGUGGGAUUUUCGGUUCCUUCUCCUUGUGGCGGCUGGGUUCUUCAUCUACAUACAGAUUCGGCUUUUCGCAACGCAAUCACAGUAUGCCGAGCGCCUUGCAACUGUGGUUGAGUCAGAGAACCAGUGUAAUAGUCAAACACGACGGUUAAUUGACCAAAUAAGCAUGCAGCAGGGGCAUAUUGUAGCCUUAGAAGAGGAAAAAAAGCAACGGGAUCAAGAGUAUAUGCAAAUGAAAGCGCUUGUUCAAGAUCUUGAAGGAAAAGGCAUCCGAAGUUUGACUGAUAAAUCACAGGCCCACGUGGCAGCAGUUGUGAUCAUGGCGUGCAAUCGUGCUGAUUAUCUUGAACGGACCCUUAAUUCAAUCUUAAAAUACCAGAGUCCUGUUGCCAAAAAAUACCCACUUUUCGUAUCUCAGGAUGGAUCAGAUCCUAAUGUAAAAAAGAAGGCAAUGAGUUAUAAGCAGCUGACAUUUCUACAGCACGUGGAUUCUAGCCCAGUGCAUACUGAAAGACCAGGAGAGUUGAUUGCAUACUACAAGAUUGCACGACACUAUAAAUGGGCAUUGGAUAAAUUGUUCUACACACACAACUUUAGCAGGGUCAUCAUACUGGAAGAUGAUAUGGAAAUUGCACCAGAUUUUUUUGACUACUUUGAGGCCACUGCUGCUCUCAUGGAAAAAGAUAAGUCCAUUAUGGCUGUCUCCUCAUGGAAUGACAAUGGGCAAAAGCAAUUCGUACAUGAUCCUUAUGUCCUUUAUCGCUCUGAUUUCUUCCCUGGACUUGGGUGGAUGUUGUCUCGGUCGACAUGGGAUGAACUAUCACAGAAGUGGCCGAAGGCUUACUGGGAUGACUGGUUGAGGUUACAAGAGAACCACAAAGGCCGACAAUUUAUCCGCCCGGAAGUGUGCAGAACAUAUAAUUUCGGCGAGCUUGGUUCUAGUUUGGGGCAGUUCUUUAGACAGUAUCUCGAACCCAUAAAACUAAAUGAUGUCCAGGUUGACUGGAAGUCGAUGGACUUGAGCUACCUGAUGGAGGACAAAUACAAGGACCACUUUGCCCAAAUUGUUAAAAGUGCCAAACCAAUUAGUGGAGUUGAUGCUGCUCUCAAGGCAUCAAAUGUCGGAGGUGAUGUGCGGAUUAAGUACAAAGAUCAGUCGGAUUUUGAACGCAUUGCACGGCAAUUUGGCAUCUUUGAAGAGUGGAAGGACGGUGUUCCGAGAACAGCUUAUAAAGGAGUGGUAGUUUUCCGGUAUCGUGGACCGAAUAGUGUAUUCUUAGUGGGCCCCAACUCCCUGAAGGAGCUCGGUAUUUAAGGCGCAUUGUGACUACUUAUAUGUUUGAGAAUCUUUGUUAACUCGCUGAAACUCGGGGAGCUCCCGGGAUCAAGAAGGAUCAAUAUCCAUUUGGCAGACCGCUGAAACUCCCUGUGAACUGAGAAAACAAGUUUCCCCCUUCUACUGUCAUUUUGAUCAGACCAAACCCGACAUUUUCACGAGGCACACACUGUGUUCUAUUUGGGUGGCUAAGUAAGGGUAGGCAAUACGAGAUCAGUACGUUAUUCAUGUAGGAAAAAUUGAGAACUCAUGGCUUUUCAUGUAUUAUGCUUCACAUUGUUAAAUACGAUUAUACACGUUCGAUGUUCAAAUUCUCACACUGUGAGAUGGCCUUGCUCGUUCACAAGGUGACUGUUGCUCUGAUAUUUUAAAUUGGACAUUUAUCUGUAUUUAUUCAGACAUUAUCUGGGAGGUUCAUCUAUUGAUCAAUUCUUUUGGUACU